AUGUCUCAUGAACCCAGCAUCAUUGAAGAGGAGAGCAACAUGGGCUUUUCAAUGAACAACACCAAGCGGAACGGCAGUCAGAUAGCCAAGGAGGGCUGCGAAAGUGUUGCACACGGGGAUGCCGAUAUAGACUACAUCUCCCAGAACACGACCAAGGAGUAG